AUGGUCUUCGCUAAUAUGUCUGGUAAAGAAAAACUACAGUUGCUGGUAACAGGCAAAUCUCAGAAUCCACGAUGUUUCAAGGGAGUCAAGUCUUUGCCAGUGCUUUACGAGAGGAAUAAAAAAGCUUGGAUGACUAGUUCAGUAUAUGAAGACUGGCUUCAUAAAAUUGAUAACAAGUUUCAAAGAGAAAAUGGCAAAUUUCUCCUACUUGUGGAUAAUAAUUGUCCGGCUCAUCCGAAAGUCUUAAUUCAAACUUUGAAAGCCAUAAAGGUGGUUCACUUACCACCAAAUUUAACUGCCAAAUUGCAACCAAUGGAUCAAGGAAUCAUUAAGAACCUUAAAGUGAAUUACGGGUGGAGAAUUAUAAAAAGAUUGCUUAAGGCUUCGGAUAAGAAAAUGGGGUUGACUGAUUUGAAUUUACUGGAUGCUAUUUUCGACUUGAACAAAGCUUGUGCUGAUGUCACUAGUGAUACAAUUGCGAAUUUAUUUCGGAUGGCUAGCUUCGUGAAAACUGACAUGUAA